CCCUCUCCCGCAACUCGCUGCUGACUGCCGGGCGGGUCUGUAGGGGACCUAGCAAGUGACCGUCCGGCCCUCGGGGAGGAGCGGACAGCACCCAGGGCACCUGGCCGGUCAAGCCCGUACGGGCCGCGCCCCUCUGCGCCAGGCCCCGGGGAGGCCCGUGGCGAGGCCUGCAGCCUGUCGCCUGCCGAUUGGCGCCACCCGCUGCGGCCGGGACUCAUUUCCGCCCCGGGCGCGGCCCACGCCACGCCCCUCUGUUUUGCGGCCCCUGAUACUUGGUCAGCGUGGUGAUUGUUGCGUCUGGUCACUGGACCCAGAAGGGACGUCCUCCUCGGCUGGCGCUCAGUUUCCCGCUCAUCGCCAGAAAAAUGAAGGCGCCUCCCGCGCCGCGCAGGGCGCCUCCCCGCCGCCUGGAGCGUCGCUUUCCUCUCCCGACCUUCCUAGGGGUCCCUCUGGUGGCCCUGGCGUUGCUGCUUUGCACAGGCUCGGAUGCCUGUGAGGAGCCACCAGAAUUUGAAGCUAUGGAGCUCAUUGGUGUACCUAAAACCUAUUAUGAGGUUGGGGAGGAAGUAAACUACAGGUGUAAAAAAGGAUAUUUUUAUGUGCCUCCUCUUGCCACCUAUACUUUUUGUGAGAAGAAUCAUUCGUGGUUUCCUGUCACAGAUACACCUUGUUUUAGAAAUACAUGUCCAUACGUAAAGGAUCCUGCAAAUGGCCAAGCAAUGCUGGCAAAUGGGACUUUAGCGUGGGGUUUUCAGAUUCACUAUAGUUGUCACCCGGGUUUUUACUUAAUUGGCGAACCAAUUGCACAUUGUGAACUUAAAGGAGAAGAAGCACUUUGGAGUUCUAAGCCCGCAACAUGUGAAAGGAUUUUGUGUCCACCACCUCCAAAAAUAGAAAAUGGAAGACACACCUUUAGUGAUGUAGAAGUAUUUCAUUAUCUCGAAGCAGUAACUUAUAGUUGUGAUCCUGCACCUGGACCAGAUGAAUAUUCGGUUGUUGGAGAGAGUACGCUUUAUUGUGCUGGCCCUCAGAAAUGGAGUAGUGAUGCUCCCGAGUGUAAAGUGGUCAAAUGUCCAUUUCCAGUAGUCACAAAUGGAAAACAGAUAUCAGGAUUUGCAAAAAAAUAUUCCUACAAAGCAACGGUUAUGUUCGAAUGCGAUAAGGGUUUUUACCUUAAUGGCAGUGACACUAUUUUCUGUGGUGGUAAUAGUACUUGGGAACUCUCAAUGCCAACAUGUCUUAAAGUGUCGACUCCUUCCACUGCAAAACCUCUAAAUUCCAGUGUUUCAGGUCCGAAGCCUACUCAUCCCAAAAAGCCUCCAGUUUCAAAUUAUCCAGAUGCUUGGAUCAUUGCCCUCAUUGUUAUUACUGCAAUUCUUGCAGUUGCAGUAAUAGUCGUCGGCCUUUACAGAUUUCUUCAAAGAAAGAAGAAAGGGAAAGGAGAGGUUAGAGCUGAAUACACCACUUACCAGCAUAAGUCAACCACUCCGGCAGAGCAGACAAACUGAACAGUUUCCACAAUCUGCUUUACCAGUUUAUCUUUUGAUACUGUUAAAAUCUUCAGAUGUACAAUAGUUAUUCUUUAGUUUUGCUCUCGUGAGCGCAACUGUUAAGUCAUAACUCUAACAUUUUUAUGGCACUUAAAGGUAGUCACCAUCCUUUGAUGCUUCUUUGGAACGUGUAUGAAUUUUGGGUGUGAACAUAUUGCCUGUUUUUCCUCAAAUAACAUUUGUAUUUAUAGAGCAAAUCAACACAGCAUCCAUGGUAGUAUGAAGGUGGGGAAAUGAUUUAUUUUAUAAAAUUGGUAAAUUUAGAGAAAUGUAUUUCAAAAUGAAAUCACAUAGUGAUCUUGAGAUACAAAAAAUUAAAUUACAUUUCAUUUUGUAAAGAAAGUGAUUUUAAAAUCUUUUUUAUUCAAAGAUUAAUGUCAAUUCUUAAGAUUCAUUUUCCUACAAUUCUAAAAUUUAUUGUAUAUAUUGUUCACUGUAAAAACCCUUUACAAAUAUGUCUCUACUACUUUGGCUCUUAUUUAUUAAGAACAAGAACACUGUAAAUUGGGAAUAUGGACAAGUUUGACUUCCUUAACUAAGAAUAUUAUUGUAAAAUUCUCUAAAAGUUAAUGGCAUAAAAUUCUGUAUUUUUUUUGUAACAUCUUUGGUGAUUUAAAGAAACUAGAAUGUUUAUGUGUGGCACUUAUUUUCACCUUUUUAAAAACAUCAGUCAACCAGUCUAAGAAAUGAGUAAGAUUUCAGAAUCAGUUAUAUACUUCUGCGGAAAGUUAGAAGCCCCUGAUGCCCAUAGCAAGAAUGCUAUUUUGUGGUGCAAAGUGAGCACUGUGGCCUUGUGCUUUUCUUUCACUACUUAAAUCAAGAGAGGUUUUACUUUAAACAUGCCCUCUAAAAGUAGGUCGUUUUGUAAAGAAUAAAUUUAUCAGAUAACCUCAAGUUGCGUUAGAAUCUUAGUCCAUUUACGUUGUCCUUGCUAGUAGAAGCAUCUUAUCUAUGUAGAUAUCUUACCUCAUCUUCUAAAAGGCAUAGUAAAAAUUAAUUUAUGUAUUUCAGAGAAGGAAACUUCACUGUUGUCUAUUUGCUGUUGGUCAUGCUAAGGGACAAAAAAAGUAAACAUAGCUCAGGUGGCAUGUUACACUCAGGUAGAAUAGAACAGGAGAGCUCUCUACUGAGUCCCCCUACUUUGGCAGAGUCUCUUUCAAAGAAGCCAGUGGACAAAGAGAAGGGGCGACCACUCCAGUUCAAAUUACAUUGUUGUAAGCUGUGUUUUGAACGUUUGUAUUUAGUACCUAGCUCAAGUUGGGCCAAAGAAACCUUGCCUUGAGAAGACUAUGAUUGGGGAAUCAAGGGUGGAUCAGAAGAAAUACUGUUUUACUGUAUAAAGACAUGUUUACAGGUGCUGUAAGUAUUCAUUGCCUUUGUAAUCUCUUGUGAAAUGAGAUGCUUUAGGAACAUAAAUGUUUGAGGAGGAAUAAACAGGAAUUCUGAAAGCAUGGAGUUGAAGUUUAUACCCAAUUCUCACAUCGUUGUCAAGAAUGUGGCAAUUGCUUAGAGGCAAGGAAUGGCUGUGCUAUUUUUUUUAAACUUAAUUGAAAUAUUUUCAACUAAAUACUUUUAUGCUUAAAAUAAAUAUACUUUUAUA